AUGUUUCAAAUCAACAUCGGCAUCAGCAAGAUCGACGAUCUCUAUUCCGGAGACUUCAUUGAUUUCUCAGUGCCACGUGGCUCUGACACCGACAUAGUUUUGGUUGUAGCUCAGAAGAAAUUCCACGUCUCGAAGCAGAUUCUAUCCAUCCACUCUCAAUACUUCCAAGCAAUGUUCUAUGGAAACUUCAACGAGAGCAAGAUGGGAGAGAUCCCCAUUGCCGCUGUUGACUUGAACGCCUUCCACAUUUUUCUUCAGUACAUUCAUAUGGCGCCGAUUAAGAUUUGUGCUGAAAAUGUCAGUCAAUUGUUGAUGAUGGGAGACCUCUUUGGUGUGAAAAAGCUGAUGAGAGAGUGCGAAAACUUUCUGUUGAGAAAGGACGUCGAUGAGACGGACUUCUUUGAUUUGGCAGUUUUUCACAAUUUGGAUCGAGUUUUGUGUGAGAAGAUCAACGAGAAAAGUGUGGAAGAAUUGACACUCUGGUGGUCCAUGGAUCCUAAACUCCCUCCUGCGGCAAUGAAUUUUCUGACAGGCAAAUUGGGAACGGGGGUGGACCCUAAAGAGAAUGACGAACCAGAAGAAAAGUAUGAUUCUGAAUCUACUAGUUCUACUUCUGAAGAAGAUUCUGAUUCCAAUUCCGACUCGGAAUCGGAUUCUGAUGCAUAG